AUGUGGCAGAGGAAUCAGACCUUUCUGGCAGACUUCAUCCUUGAAGGCCUCUUUGAUGACUCUCUCAUCCACCUUUUCCUUUUCUCCUUAACCAUAUUGGUCUUCCUUAUUGCAGUGAGUGGCAACACGCUCACUAUUCUCCUCAUCUGUGCUGAUGCCCAGCUUCACACACCCAUGUACUUCCUGCUCAGUCAGCUCUCCCUCAUGGAUCUAAUGCAUGUCUCCACAACCAUCCCAAAGAUGGCUACCAAUUAUCUAUCUGGCAAGAAGACCAUCUCCUUUGUGGGCUGCGCUACCCAGCACUUCCUCUAUUUGUCUCUGGGUGGUGGUGAGUGUCUUCUCUUAGUUCUCAUGUCCUAUGACCGCUAUGUUGCCAUUUGUCAUCCACUUCGUUAUACCAUUCUCAUGAACAGAAAGGUGGGAUUGAUGAUGGCUAUCAUGUCAUGGUUGGGGGCAUCCAUAAACUCUCUAAUUCACACAGUGAUCUUGAUGCAUUUCCCUUUCUGUGGGUCUCGGAAAAUCCACCACUUCUACUGUGAGUUUCCAGCUGUUGUGAAGUUGGUGUGUGGAGACAUCACUGUUUAUGAGACCAUAGUGUAUAUCAGCAGUGUCAUACUUCUCCUCUUCCCCAUUUUCCUAGUUUCUACAUCUUAUGGCUUCAUCCUCCACAGUGUCAUUCAGAUGCAUUCAGCUGGGAGUAAGAGAAAUGCCUUUGCUACUUGUAGCUCUCACCUCAUUGUGGUUUCUUUCUGGUUUGGGGCCUGCAUCUUUUCAUAUAUGAGGCCCAGGUCCCAGCGUACUCCAUUGCAAGACAAAGUUGGUUCUGUGUUUUAUAGCAUCAUUACUCCCACCCUCAAUCCUUUGAUUUAUACUCUCCGGAAUAAGGAUAUAGCUAAGGCUAUGAGAAGAGUACUAGGGAGAGAUAUUCUCACUCAGAGACAGCAAUUGCCAUUGCCCUGA